AAUUUAGACAACAAUUAAUUUAAAUUUUAAUUUAACAUUUUUUUUUCUUUCGUCAAUAAUUUUAUAUACGUAGGUAAAAAAAAAAUGAGUUGGAAACAAAUUGACGGAUACUUACAACAACUUGAUAUUGGUCCCGAUUAUGAAUUAUGGGGAGUUGACGAUAAUCAAGUUUUUAAAUGGAAUGUUAAAUCUUGGAUUCAUGCGAAAGGAAUUACAGUUUCAAAUAUUUCAGUUGGAGCUGAUUUUAGUAUUUGGUGUACCACUAAAGAUCAUAAAAUCUAUAGAUUAGUAGGUGGAAUUGAUGGUAAAUGGAUGAGAAUUGAUGGAUUCUUAAAACAAAUUUCUGUCGGAGAUGAAAAUAAUGUAUGGGGAGUCAAUUCAAAAGAUGAAGUUUUUUAUAGAAGAGAUAACAUUUGGGUUCAAGCUCCUGGUAAUCUUUCUCAAGUUUCUGUUGGAGCAGAUGGAACUUGUUGGGGUGUGAACGCAAAUCAUGAAAUUUUUAGAUGGGACGGAGAAAAAUGGAUCCCAGUUGAUGGAAGUCUCAAGCAAAUUAAAGUUGCUUCAAUUCAUCACAUUGUAGGAGUAAAUGAUAAAAAUGAAAUAUAUUUAUGGGAAAAUGGUGAUUGGAAUCUUAUUGAAGGCGGUUUACUUAAAUAUGUUUCAAUUAGUCCUGAGGGUAAUAUUUGGGGGAUUAAUAAUAAUGACGAAAUUUGGCAUUUAACUUAUGAUGAAAGAAUAGCUAAUAUUCAUGUUCUUGACAUUUAAUAUCUGUAUAUCAAGUACUGUAUGUAUAUGAGGAAUUAUGCUGUGGCAACUGGGCAGUACGAAUUAUUGAAUUUAAUUUAAUAAAAUGAAUCAUAUUGAAUAAUUUCAAAGAUAA